UUCCUUCCAAGACAUCCAAAGCACAAGAGCAUAGAAAGAAGUAGCAGUGCGUUUCAAGAAUUCUCUCUCUUUCUUUCCCUUUCUGUCUCUCCAUUCAAUCGAGAGAAAGUUCAGUGAACCAUUGGAAGGAGACCCAUAAAGACAACUUUUUUUUUUAUUUGCCAUGCCAGACAUGGCGGAUGGGUCCUCCACAAGACCCCCACAAAUCUCCGAGAUGUUCCAGAAAUUCGCCCUUUCCUUCAAGACUAAAGCUUUCGAGUUCUUUGCCGACGAGGAUGGUAUCAAUAAUGAAGAAACUGAUGGUUUCACUCUCCUCGACUCCGCCGAGGAUUUCAUUCCUGACCAGAAAGUCAUCAUUCUCAAGCCCGAUAGGCCAAUCCAUCAAAAUCAGGAUUCACCGGAGAGCAAUUCGCGAUUUUCGUCUUCUUCGUUUAAUUCUGGAAUUGGACACGCUGAUACCCAGACGACCCACGCUUUGAUUUCUUCGGUAUUCGCUGCCGUUUCGUCGUUUGAAGCUUCGUAUCUGCAAAUGCAGACGGCGCAUGUACCGUUUAAUGAGGAGGGCAUAAAAGUUGCUGACAGGGCUUUAGUAUCGAAUUUGCAGAGAUUAUCUGAUCUCAAGCAGUUUUAUAGGGAAAUUUGUAGGAAUCCUGAGUUUGGUGCUGAGUUGCCAAUUGGGUCUCACUUGGAAACUCAAGUGCAAGAGAAUCAGAGCAAGCUGAGAAUUCUUGGGACUGUUUCGAACCGGUUACAGGAAGAAAUUGAUAAAAAAGAUAACGAUGUUUUGGCUUUGAGGAGGAAACUGGGCGAGAUACAAAAGUUCAAUUCGAAGCUGUCGAAGAGGUUAUCCGGUAAUUUGAAUAGUUCUUCUUGUGAAGUUUUGUGUUCUCUUAAAGUCUUUGAUUCUGUGCUGCAUGAUGUUUGCAAAGCUUCACAUAAGUUUACUAAGGUUUUGAUUGAUUUGAUGAGAAAAGCUGGGUGGGAUUUAGAUUUAGCCUCGAAUUCGAUUCAUUCUGGUGUUGAAUUUGCAAGGAAAGGGAAUAGAAAGUAUGCAUUUUUGUCAUAUGUUUGUCUGAGAAUGUUUCGUGGGUUUGAUUUAGAAGGAUUUGGUUCAGGUGAUGAGUACCAAGAGUUCUGUAACGGUCAUAUUUCAGAUUCAGUCAAUACUAACAGUUCAUUGAAGCAAUUACUCGAGCAUGUAUCAAGCAAUCCGAUGGAAUUGCUAAGUAGUCAUCCUACUUGUGGGUUUUCAAAGUUUUGUGAAAGGAAGUACCAAGAGCUUAUUCAUCCAACAAUGGAGUCUUCAAUUUUCAGCAAUUUGGAUCACAACGAAGUUGUCCUAGAUUCAUGGAGGUCAUUGAGUAUAUUCUAUGAAUUGUUUGUCAACAUGGCUAGUUCCAUUUGGAUACUUCAUAAGCUUGCCUUUUUGUUCGAUCCUGUGGUUGAAAUUUUCCAAAUGGAAAGAGGGGUUGAUUUUUCAAUGGUAUACAUGGAAGAUGUAACAAGGAAAUGUGCCUUGUCAGAUAAAACCAGGGCGAAGGUGGGUUUUACAGUUGUUCCGGGUUUCAAAAUUGGGAGAACAGUGAUUCAGUCCCAGGUUUAUUUUUGUGGCUUGAAUUGUACAGAGUAGUAGGCUGCGCUUCCUUUUGUGUACAAAGGUAUGAACUAUGAGUAUUCAGAAUGUGAAGGUGCAAAAAAGGGCAAAUUAAACAGAAGAAAAAAGUUUGUGUUUUUUUUCCUUGCGAAAUCUUCAUAUGACAGACCUUGGAGGACUUGGAUUGUAGAGUAAUCAUAGUGACAUGAGAAUCCAAAUGGCUUGGGUUGCCGUUUCAAACAUUCAACAGAUGUCUUAACUAUGUUGAUGAUGCAUCCAUGGCAUAAACACUCGGAGUGCUGCGCACAACCGCACAGGGAAUGGCUAUAGCCUAUAGUAUGAAGGUGUUUUUGGUUAUCUUCUGACAUUCAGCUACAAUAUCAUGUUGGUUCUGAAAGUUACUUCCCUUUUUUUAGGGUUUUUUUUCUUCCCUUUACUCUCAUGUAAAAGUGCUGUAAAGUUUUCCCCUUUUUUUACUCUUUUGUUACUUGUUGUGAGCUCUUCUAACACAAAAUUGUAUUACCGAGUUGUGUAUCACAGUGUAGUUCCACAUUCCACAAUAUAGCAGCUUUAAUUCAAAGUCGAAUUCUUUCCUCUACAGUUAUAUUUA